CGCUGGCCUGUAGAAAGCAGUCACGCCACCCCAGGCGCUCACAGCGCGUAGGGAAAAUCACCUCGGCCGGGUGCUCCCGAACGAGUCCUCCCGCCACGGCCCCGCUCCCGGGCAGCGGGAAGGUUUGCGCUCGGCUCGCGUGGGGCGGGACCCGGGCCCGGGCCCGUUCCUUUCUGCCCCCACCGCCUUCUCGCGGCCCUGCCGUUACGGGCUGGUCGGGCCCCUGCCCGAGCCACAAGGCGCGCGCCCCAAACGCGCUGUCUUCUCCUAGCGCCAUUGUCUCCCACGUUGAAAGCGAAGCGUCUCACAAGCCCGUCCAUCCCCUGAGGCGCUUAGGAAAGUGAUUAUGAGGAAAAAGUAACCAUGGUAACGGCCCCGCCUCUCCUUCCCACCUGGGGCGAACCCCUCAGCCCGUCUCCUUCUAAUGGCGUCGUCACCUGGGCUUCCUCGCUCCUCAUUGGCUGCGCUCCGAGAUCUCACUAUGCUCACUCCAUCCCUUCUGCCAAUCAUCAUCUGGUGAGCCGUUCUGUCCCCCCCCAUCCGCCCCACGCCUGACGGGGACCGGUUCCCGCCGGAGAGCCAAUCACAGCGGCGCAGGGGUGUUGUGCGGCCAAUAGGAGAGCGCACGUCAGGAACCGGAGUCGCGAGCUGCUGCUGCUGCUGCUGAUGAGUGAGAAGCGGGUGACGGUGCUGCUGGUGCCGCGGCCGAGGUGUGUGAGUGAGUGAGGUGCAGGUGCUGUUGCUGUGCAGUUCUACAGGUAUUUUAAGCAUGAUUCUUACCAGAAGGUUACCAAAUAGUCAGAGAGAGAGUGCUAAAGGAGCUUGGUCUGAAAAAGGAAAAGAAAGAAAGGUUACUCAGGCUGUUUCUAGAAUUCUGCAGAGAAACUGCAAGUGUGAAGUGUUACAUUUGAACAAUGGCAGUGAAUGAGAGUAUUGACAUCCUGAAUUCAGCUUAUCUGGCUGUGGAAUACAUCGACUCUUUCUUGCCUGACAAUCCACUGCAGCAACCAUUUAAAAAUGCUUGGAACUAUAUGCUGGACAAUUACACCACAUUCCAGAUUGCAACAUGGGGAUCACUCAUAGUUCAUGAACUUUCCUACUUUUUGCUCUGUCUACCUGGAUUUAUAUUUCAGUUUAUACCUUAUAUGCGAAAGUAUAAAAUUCAGCAGGAUAAACCAGAAACAUGGGAGAAGCAGUGGAAGUGUUUAAAAACACUUCUCUUCAAUCACUUCUGUGUUCAGCUUCCUCUGAUAUGUGGUACCUACUAUUUCAUAGAGUACUUCAGUAUCCCUUACGACUGGGAAAGGAUGCCAAGAUGGUACGUGCUACUUGCCCGGUGUUUUGGAUGUGCAGUGAUUGAGGAUGCCUGGCACUAUUUCCUGCAUAGACUCUUGCAUCACAAGAGAAUAUACAAGUACAUCCAUAAAGUUCAUCAUGAGUUCAUAACUCCAUUUGGGAUGCAAGCAGAGUAUGCACAUCCACUGGAAACGCUUAUCCUUGGAGCUGGUUUUUUCAUUGGCAUUAUUGUGUUCUGUAACCAUAUGAUUUUUCUGUGGGCCUGGGUAAUAUGUCGCUUAAUGGAAACCAUUGAUGUACACAGUGGUUACGAUAUUCCUCUGAACCCCCUGCAUCUAGUGCCCUUCUAUGCCGGGGCUCGUUUUCAUGAUUUCCAUCACAUGAACUUCAUUGGCAACUAUGCUUCAACCUUCACAUGGUGGGACAGAAUCUUUGGUACAGACUAUCAAUAUGUUUCAUACCAAGAGAAAGAGAAAAAUCAAGAACUGUUAACAGAAAAGAAGUCCAACUAAAUAUCACAUUUAACCUCCUACAGACAAACUGCUUCCAUCUUUCUUUUGGGCUCAAACUGGUAACUAACACCCGAUCACAAAUUAAAGCAAUAUUUUGCUUUUCUUAAAAGCAAAAGUUAAGCAUAUACAUUGUCCCUUGGCUACUAAGUGGUAGGGAAAAUUCUUACUACAAUGUAAUUAUCUACUUAGUGGGAAUGCUUUUCUAUUUUAUACACAACUCUAAAGUAUAUAUGCAGAACUUUAAAGAUUAAUUUAAAAAUUACAUAGGUGACUUGAAAGUUUUUAUCAUCUGUUGCAAGAAUUUUAUUAAAAAUUUUAAAGUAUCUAUAAUGCUACCCUAUUUGGAUUCAGGUAGAAUUAUGUACAUUAUAAUUGUAUACACUGAAAUUGGACUUUAUUUAAAAUAUAUAUAUUCUUAAAUUUGUAAUACAAAUACAGCAACCCCAUUAAAACUGUGGUACUGGCACUACACUUAAACCUUGAGCAAAUGGGCAGAAUUUGCUUUAGAAACCAAAAUACCAUCAGUUGAUAAGGAGCAUGGACCAGCCAUUUGCACACUGAAUAAUGCGAACUAUUAAUUCCAGAAGAGCGGGCUAUAUGUUCAGAAACAUUCCUCAUGUGGGUGGUGUACAUUUUAGCUAGGGUUAGAAAAAGGGUGGUUUUGUUUUUACUUGAGAAGCCUUUUUUGCUGCUCUUCAAGCUACUUUGUCAGUGUUCUUAGUAUUUACAUUACAUUUCCUUUGCUGUGUUGUAAUUUGCUAAACUGACUUGUUGCUAGAUUUGCACUUGUGGAUUAUAAAAUACAAUAAAUGUGUUGAU